AUGCUGCGACUUGUGGCGCUGCUGCUUUUCCUCGUCAAUUAUGGGCUUUUCCUCGCGUCAGCGAUGGAGAUCAAUGGCUGGUACCCGUGCACACUAACAGACGCAGCGGAGCAGUCUUGGCUCAACGACAUCAGCUUCGAGUGCGCCACAGUGGAAGCGGCACUGUGUCAUCCCAAAAUCUGUACCAGCUCUAAAACCAUCGAGCUCUUCGUCAAGCCCAAACUGGCUGCAGCAACUCCAAACCAGCCGCUAAACAGCCGUAAAAGCCUUUGGCUUUUGGCCGGUGGGCCGGGGGCUUCUUCUGUUGAUCAAAUCGACGGACACACGGACGCUUUCUCUGUUACGUCAGCGGCGCGUGACUUGGUUUAUCUCAUGGAGGGACUGGCAGGAGAGGAAGACCGCUCGGAACCAUUCCUCUACGGCACGAGUUAUGGGACUUUUCUGGUGGAGCGUGUCAUGCGCUUAGCGCCGUCUCAGGUGAAGGGCUAUAUACUGGACGGAGUGGUGUCGGAGGCAGGGCCUGAUCCAAGCACGAGGUUGUUCUUCUCUCACUGGGAUUACAAUAUACUGGCGCCGUCCAGGAGGUUCUUCGAGUUGUGCCUGCAAGAACAAGAAACGUGUCCGCUCCAGCUCGAUAUUGACCAAGAUGGAGAUGUGUUGGACGCUGUUUUGGACAUCUACGACGAAAUCGACGACACUUUGAACGAUUGUGCGGUUGAAUUGAUGCUUGCUACAGGAGUGGAGACGCCAUCACAGGCGCUACGACCGAUUUUCGGGUUAUUGGUGCGGGAUCCGGGGCUACGCUCGCUGGUUCCGUCAAUACUGGCACGAAUGCAGCGGUGCGACGGCGAUGAUCAACAGGAGCUUGAGCUGGUGAUGGGUCCGCUACUGAAGAUGAUAGUGCAGCAAGUGCAAGGGGCUGCGAUCCCCGACUCUAAAAUCUCCCAAGCGUUUGAGAAAUCCCUUCGACCCUCUCUAGGCUCGCGUCUUGCCACAAUUGGUUCGAACUCAAUUGAUCAACUCGAGUACUGGUUGAUUUCGUACUCGGAGAUUUGGGCCAAGCCAUCACCAACUGAAGCUGAACUCCAGGAGUUUUACUCGGAUGAUAAUGACCGAGAUCCAGCAUGCGCUCAAUUAAUUUCUGCGUCUGAAGAUGUCGAGACUACAAACUACACCCAGAGUUUCAUCUACGCGCCGGACGAUUUUUCCAACCAAACGGCACCAGUGCCUCCUAAUUCAAGUCUGCUGGUAAUUAACGGCGGCCUGGACUUUCAGACUCCAUGGGAGUUUGGACGAUAUCAAUUUGAGGCAACGAAGCUAAGCGAUCCUGACUCGAGUAAGAAAAUGCUCGUGGAAUUUGAUUUUGGCGGUCACAUUUGUGGACUUUCAGCCACCACGGCUGACAACGAAACGCUGUGCAGCUCUCGCGUCGUGGCGUCAUUCGUUUCAAAUAGCGGUGACCCUGACGCUGUCAAUACGUCGUGUAUGGCCGAGCUGCCAGAGCUUGAGCUUAACGACAACACAUUUGCCAUGCUGGUUGAGUCGCUCAUGGAAGAACAGCGCAAUGAAAUGAUGGGCGGAUGGCGCUACAAGCAAUAA